GAUCUUCUUGGUCGAUACGGCAAAGACCGUGAAACUGCUUUGUUCUUUAGGCUUGUUACAGUCAUCAUCUCAGUUUCUCCUUAUCAGAUCUGAGCACCGAGUUCGCCAAGUUUUGUACGUUACAUUCCAUCAUAUCAACAUAUUUGACAGCGGUACGCCCACCUAUCAUCGCCCUACACGCGAACGGACUCGUCGUAUCGGGUGCAAAAACGCUAUCUACUAAUCACGCGGGUGUUCCAAAAUUCAUGCGCAAUCAAAAAUCGUUGUAUCGGGUCCAAAAUACCAUCUAAAUCACUCUUUAGCGGGCGUAACUUGCAGCUUGCCAGCAUUCUUUUUGCAUAUUCGUGCAAGCGAGGUGCUCCAAAUCCCUUCACCCUCCCGCAGCGCACUUUGAUCCAGAAUGGGUCCCCAAUACAGCUCGCACCUCUCGUUCUCUUCCACACCUCGUCUCCUAUGGCAUGCAUACAUCAAAUAUCUAUGGAACCCGCAUCCUGGCUCCUGGGUCAGUCAGGUCGCAUAUUCAUUCCGCAUAUUAGCGUUCCUGCUUAUUCUGCCAGUCGUGAUUCUGACACUGCUGGAUAUCACCUCCUAUGUGAUCGCACGUACCCUCGGCAUUGUUGACGAUGUCAAAGCGUCAACAAGCGACCAGCCUGUUGUGACUGCUGAGGGCACGCCCUCGAUCCUUGUUGAAGAUACGUCAUCCGAGGAAUCGUUCCCCGCGGAGCAAGACAGCUACAUAUCUUCGGUUCAUCGGCAAUAUAAUACCGACAUGAGGAGUGCGGAAGUACAGGAAGAAACGAAGCUCCAGGCUUACUUCACGGGAGAGGAGGAUCUACAGUUGUCUAGCGUUGGUUCAUCACCAGUCCACGAGAACCUGCCUGAAGAUGGAGCGAUGAGAAUGGAAGGUCCACGUGAUGUACAGGAUGAGGCCAUGAUCCUACGCCGACGGGGCGCCCAAACGCAAAGUGAUGAUUAAAUCAGCCUUUUUAGAAUCGCCGCUAGAACUACAUUUUUUGCACCGUGUACGAUGACAUGAUACCGAUCA